AUGGAGCUGCAAACGCAGAUCGACAAGGCCGCAACAGCGCUUAACACACUGUCAUCGAUCAUACCAGAGGCAGAAUUGCUACUCGACGCCAUCACCACCGUGGUCAAACACCCCGGCCAGACGGGACUACCCGCGCACGUCAAAUUCCUCACCCUGCAACGAAGCCAGCUCGGGGCAUGCAUCACCAAGCUCCAGCAAUUCGCGCCCACAAACGAGCUCGAACCUUCAAAUGGCGACGGCACCUCGCCUGAAAAGUCAUUGCCUGCCGUAGAGGAGCUGAUUCGCAAUACCGUCACCAACGUCCACUUGGCUGACCAACAGAUGGCGGUCCUCAAGCGCUGCUCCUACCUCACUUUCAUCAGCAAGAUUGGCCGCGUCUCCGUCGUAGAUGGUGGGCAUGAGUGGAUUGUCAUUCGCCCCAAAACAUGGACACUCGCCAAAGUGGCACGUGACAUGGCGGAAGAUGGAUGGGAAUGGGGCGAAUACGACACUAUGGACGACGUGCCCCGGGAUGUAUGGGCGGAUGCCGGGCCAUACACUCUUGCGAGAGCGAUCAUGAGGCUCGUGGAGGAUGCGAAAGCUCAUAGAGUGGACUACAGGAUACCGAGGAUACGUGUCGUCAUGCCAAGCUUGCGGAGAAGUGAGAAUGACGACGUCGGGUUGUAUCUGGACGUGCUGGAGAAGAUGGACCCAUCGGUCAAGAUCACGAUAUCUUGUGCUGAUAGUGACUUUUUACUCUCGCCGGUACCAGAUAUGGCCACUGCGGUGCGGAGUCUGGUGGUUCACCCGUUGACCAAUCUUACAUCGACCUUGAAUCUGGAUCAGACCAUCUUGAUGGACUUGGUGUCGGACAUUACGCAUUUGCGUCUCGAACCGGAGAACUGGCUCCCGCGCAAUACACAAGGCCAUAUCCAGGAGGAGAACGCGGGCGAAGGAGGGAUCAUGACCAAAGCAUUGUACCCUGUGCUACAGGGCCGCAAACUGGUCUGCACGAGCGAAGUCGUGGGCGAAUUCAUGGAUCUUGUCACCAAGAUUGGCACAGAAACGGAAAGACAGAGAGCAAGACUAUUGCUUGGUCUAGAUGAGUCUCAAUGUGAGGCUCGGGCCGGAUACAACAAACUCACGAUACAUCCGCUGCCUGCUGAUCUCCAGAUCCCGAUAGCUGUCAUACCUACGUCGUGGGCGAGCGCGUCCACUUUGAAAGAGGUCAUAGAUUCACACGGUCUUCCUCGCAUAGCACUGCCAGUCACAAGAGCCGCGCGAUCGAAGCUGAGCCCGGCGAGGAUAGGUGUGUUUUUGCAAGGGUGGCUGAUGGACUGCCAUACCCUGACCGGACAGAAGGAGAUGCUGAGCAAGUUCAAAGUAUGGGUUGACCAAUGUCGACUGAGCGACGAGGACACGGGGCCAAGAGUGUGGAAAAUAGAUGUCACGAGGAAUCUCCUGGCUACGAGACCACCACAUAGGACAAAAGGGUUUAGCGAGUAA